GGAUGAUCUGUUCCGGGUAGAGCUGGACAAUGUGGCAGGAGAGGAGAUGUUCUACAGCAAGAAGAGAACAUGGGAGUCGAACAAGAACGACAUAAGGAUCUGCAGAAUGAAGGGCAAGCAUGAGGACGAGUGCCGUAACUUCAUGAAGGUGUUGCUCAGUAAGGCGGGCGGCGGUCUCUUCAUCUGCGGGACCAACGCCUUCAACCCGAUGUGCGCCAAUUACACCGCAGACAAACUGGAGAUGGUGGGGGACACAGUCAGUGGGAUGGCCCGCUGCCCCUACGACCCGAAGCACGCCAACGUGGCUCUGUUCGCAGAGGGCAAUCUAUUCACGGCGACGGUGACAGACUUCCUGGCCAUCGAUGCGGUGAUCUACCGCAGCCUGGGAGACCACCCCGCCCUGCGGACCGUCAAGCACGACUCCAAGUGGUUCAGAGAGCCCUAUUUUGUCAGUGCCGUGGAGUGGGGACCUCAUAUCUAUUUCUUCUUCCGGGAAAUGGCCAUGGAGUUCAACUACCUUGAGAAGGUGAUGGUCUCCCGUGUGGCUCGCGUCUGUAAGAAGGACCUGGGGGGCUCUCAGCGGGUGCUGGAGAAGCAGUGGUCCUCGUUCCUCAAGGCGCGGCUCAACUGCUCCGUUCCGGGCGACUCGCACUUCUACUUCAACCUGCUGCACUCCACUAGCCCUGUGAUCCGGAUGCACGGCCGCGACAUCAUCCUGGGGGUGUUCUCCACGCCCGCCAACAGUAUCCCGGGGUCGGCGGUGUGUGCGUUUGACAUGGAGCAUCUGGCCGGCGUGUUCGAGGGCCGCUUCAAGGAGCAGAAGUCACCGGAGUCGAUCUGGACGCCGGUUCCAGACGAGCUCAUCCCCAAGCCGAGGCCCGGCGGCUGUGCUGUCCAAGGUACCCGCUUCAACUCCUCCAACGCCUUCCCCGACGAGAUGCUGACCUUCGUGAAGACCCACCCCCUGAUGGAGGAGGCUGUGGCCUCCCUCGGUCAGAGACCCUGGAUCGUCAGGACCAUGGUUCGGUACCAGCUCAACAAGAUGGUGGUGGACUCGGAGGCGGGGCCUCACCGGAACCGCACCGUGCUGUUCCUGGGCUCCAGCCGCGGCUCCAUCCUCAAGUUCCUCAUCGUGCCCAACCAGGACAACUCGGUGACCAGCAGCAACGUGUUCCUGGAGGAGCUGGAGGGGUACAACCCCGACAAGUGUGGCGAGGACUCCCCCCAGGCCAAGCAGCUGCUGUCCCUCACGCUGGACAAGCCGAGCCACACUCUGCUGCUGGCGUUCCCGUCCUGCGUGGUCCGGGUCCCGGUGGCCCGCUGCCAGCUCUACUCACGCUGCAUGAAGAACUGCAUUGCGUCCCGGGACCCCUACUGUGGCUGGACCCGAGGCAGUACCUGCUCCUUCCUCCGGCCUGGGACCAGACUGCCCUUCGACCAGGACAUCGACCACGGCAGCGUGAACCACCUGGGCGACUGUGAUGGUAAGUCUAUUUGUGUGCAUUUGUGAGCGUUUGUGUGUGUGUUUGUGUGUCUGUGUGUGUGUGUUGUGUAUCGUGAUUGUGUUUUGUAUUUUCAUUUCUGUGUGUAUUCAGCCCUCAUUAGACGGCCCUGGACUUUCUUGUUACUGCGCGGGUACUUGCAUGAAUAUUUCUCUCUGAGGAAAAGUCUGUGUGAUGCGGUGAAACAAAGGAAGGCCUUUGGUAUUCUGGGGGUGUUUCAACAGUACGUUUCGGAGAAAAACCCAAAGUCAAUAGAUUGACAAUGCAGCUCAGUCGGAACGAUGUGCAGGUGGUUUUCCUCCUUCCUUCCACCAGGCCGCCAAGAAGACUCUUACCCUGUCUGUUUGGCAGUCUGUGUACGUGUGGGGUAACCUGGUAAUCUUUGCCUGGAUUGGAUCGAACGUUGUGCUUUGGAACUCCACUGGUCCACUGAACACGUUUGGAGGAUUAGAGUAAAAAAGGUUGUUCCCGUCGGUCCGUUGAGCAAGUUCUGCGUGUGCAUUUUCUGGUGUUUCGGGGAUGUUUCUGCUGAGCGUACAGCUGGCUAAUUAUAUUCAUCUCCGGUCUUGAGCUCCCCUUGAUGUGUCUUUCAUUCUCUCUUUUUUAUCUCUCCCCUCGCGCUCUCGUUCUCGUGCUGUCAUUACAAAAAAACGGUGGCACAUCACAGCCGAGCGAAAAAGCAGCAGAUCUGUGGUCCUGAAUCGCAGCGGCAGCAGCAUCACCACCGCCUCUCCCAGGGCUGCUCGGCUUUGAUCAGAGCACACAUCCCGACGAGGCAUUCGCCCAAAUUAAUCCUCUGCCUACGCAAGUUCCCCAAGUUGGCUCCGCGCAGAGCAGAUCAACAUUACAUAAUGGGCC